AUGCUUGACUUAAAAGACAAAGAUUCUCAGGUUGAAUUGAAAAAAAGUAUUAUUGAACGAGCGUAUCCUCCCCCUAGUUUGUUUUUGGCAUGGGUUUGUCUUGCAUCAGUAUCAGUGUCUGCAGCACUAGAAAACAAGUAUGAAAACCACUCUCUGGAUAAGAACCUAUUGCUCUCAGCAUUGGAGAGGCAAAUCUUUGACUUCCUUGGUUUCCAGUGGGCACCAAUUCUUGGAAAUUUUCUGCAUAUAAUAGUCGUCAUAUUGGGUUUGUUUGGAACCAUUCAGUACAGACCUCGAUAUAUUGUGGUGUACACAGUAUGGACUGCCCUCUGGGUCACCUGGAACGUGUUCAUUAUCUGCUUUUAUUUGGAAGUAGGUGGACUCUCUAAGGAUACAGAUCUGAUGACAUUCAACAUUUCUGUACACCGGUCAUGGUGGCGGGAACAUGGGCCUGGUUGUGUCCGAAGAGUGCUGCCUCCGUCAGCCCAUGGCAUGAUGGACGACUACACUUACGUCUCCGUCACAGGCUGCAUUGUUGACUUCCAGUAUCUAGAGGUCAUCCACAGUGCUGUCCAGAUACUCCUCUCUUUGGUUGGUUUUGUGUAUGCCUGUUAUGUGAUCAGUAUUUUCAUGGAAGAAGAAGACACCUUUGAUUUCAUAGGCGGACUUGAUGCACACUCCUACUACCAGGAUCAUGUUGAGUUAAAGCCUGUUAACCUGUAA